AUGAUCCUCGAGCCGGGCACAGGAACGAACUGUAAUGAAGCCAUCCAAACAUAUGAAGAGCUUCAUCUGAAGGAUGCUCUUACCCAAGCGAUGCGAGAGCGUCCCUACACAAGCCCACGCAUCAUCCAGCGACACGUUCUUAAGCCCAUCAUGGACGCCCGUGAUGUUCUUGUCCAGGUCCCCGGUUUCGCAGACCAGAUGGACACCAUGAUAAUAGGAACUCUGCAACGAAUCGAUCCAAGCAUCCCUGCGGUACAAGCCCUUUGGCUCACAUCAACCCGAGAGGUGGCAGAUCGUAUCCGACUCUGUGGUAGCCCUCUCUGCGAGUCAAUGGGCCUCAAACUUCACGCGUGUAUUGCCGCAUAUGGCUCCCCGCGAUUCAAAGAAGAGCUGGAGAUGUUACAUGAUGGCGCGCACAUUGUCACCGGGACGCCUGGCCGUGUACACGACCUCAUUCGCCGUCGAGCCUUCAAACCUGACAAGAUUACAACGGUGGUUCUGCACAGAGCCAACGAUAUCUUCAGUUACCGGCUUGGCGAUCAGUUUUACAGUAUGUUGAAAGAUUUACCUCCGUCCAUACAGCUUGUUGCGCUUUGUGAAGGGGACAUGGAAGGGGAUGAUCUACAUGCGCUGUUGGCGAGAAUGAGCGAGCCAGUGCGGCUUGUGCUGAAUGUGAGGCGAGUACCUAGUGGAUCGAAACAUUUCUAUGUCUGUAUCGAGGAUCAGGAUGAUAGGUUUGACAUGUUGAAAGCGUUGUUGGAGGAGGUGCCGCCGAACAAGACAUCUAUUUUCUGUUCCACACGGGAGCAAGUUGAUGUUCUUGCUGAUAAGAUCCGGGGAGCAGACUUCCCCAAUGUCUCUAUAUAUAAUGAUGUAGAUCAGCAUGUGGUGAAUUUUGAGGCAAAGUCAUUCAAGCGGGACUCCUCAGUGAUGAGACUGGAGGAUGGCGAUACUGAGGUUGGACUGUCAUCCGCGAAUAUUGGUCAUUCAAAUCAUCUCUCGCUCCUUGUCAACUACAUACUGCCAGUGGAGGAUAUAAAUUAUGCGACUCGGCUUGAGCGUGAGAAGCGGUUAAGUGAGGGCGGCGUGGUGGUCAAUUUUGUUUCGGGGAGCGACUUGGCCUCGAUGCGAGCUAUCGGUCGCACAUUUGGUAUCGACGUGGAUAUACUCCCGGAAGAUUUUUCGAGUUUGUUAUUUCAGCGCAAAGAUGGCGGUUAG